AUGUCUUUCAGCGAUACUGAAUGUUCACAUCGAUCAUCAUUAACCACUGUACAUCGAGUUCCGGCUAAUAAUCCUUCACAAUUAUCACGAACAAUUUCUGCACAUGAAAUUGUCUCAAAUCCCGAAACAGCCGAAUUAUUUCUUGAAUUUCUUAUGAAUUCACAACAAACAGCGUCACUUGGUGCUGUUUAUGCUAUUGUACUUGUACUAAACGAAAAAAAAGAUGAUUCAAAUCAAUUACAUGAUAUUGGACGUGCUGCUUAUAAAACUUAUAUUGAAAAUGAAUCGAUUCUACCGUGGUUACCAUCACAACGACGUUUAGAAUUACGUGAUGCGUAUCGUCGUAAACAAUUCGAUGAACAUUUUUUUGAUGGUGUAUUAGAUGAUCUUCUUAUUUAUAUUGAAACUCAAACCGAUGUAUUUCGACAAUUUAUUAAUUCGCGUACGUGGAAUGAAUAUCGACGUGGUAAAUUUUCCAAAAUGAAUACACAAAUAAAAUCAACAUCAACACUUGUAAAUAAUACAAGUGCAUAUCAAAAUGAAAAUGAACUUAAAAAAUCACGUAAACUCCACUCGUCAUCAUUAUCGUUACAAACAAAAAUUAAAUCAAAUGAUCGAACAAAUCAUCAACAUCAUAAUCAUCAUCAUAAUCGAAGUGUUCGAGUUGAAUCUACAUCAAUGAAAAAAACCCGUGUUGCUUAUUUUCUACCUGAUAGCGAUACUCCAUUUGUUAUCCAAGUUGCAGUACCGCUUGAAUCCAUCACACUUAAAGAUAUUCUUCCUCGAUUACAUAUAUCAUCAACAAAUCAACGUAAUGGUUUGAGUACAAAUACUUCACUCGAUUACUUUGUUAAACAUCGUGCUUCAAAUGAAAAUUGGCUUGGUGGUGAUACACAAUUUAUUAAUGAGAAAAUUGAUGAUUAUGAUGUUCCGCUACCAAAUAUUGAUGGAACGGUGGUGAUUAGAAUUCUUAAUAAUAGUUAG